UUUGAGUAUGGCGGGGUACGCGCUCAUGAAAGUUAAAAACCCUCCCCUGACCUCGACCCAAAAGACAUGGGGUGUUACCAUAAUGAUCGUUUUAGCUGCCUUCUACCUCUUCUGUGAACCCUUCCAACCUGUCUACCCAACUCACAAACUCAGGGAUGAGUACGACUACAUCGUGAUAGGAGGAGGUACAGCAGGAAGUGUGAUCGCACACCGCCUCGCAGAGGCAGGUAACACCAGCAUCCUGGUUAUCGAGGCAGGGAGACACGACUUUGACCACAGUAUCAGGAUUCCUGUAGCCUCCAUCAGCUUGCUGGACCCUGACAAGAACCUAGUGUGGAACUACAAGACUGUGCCUCAGGAGGGUAGUGCUCAGGGGUUCCUCAAUAACAGGAUGACACUGCCACUCGGCAAGGUCCUUGGUGGAAGUAGCUCUAUUGGAGACAUGAUAUACGGUCGAGGUAACUCAGCUGACUUCGCUAGCUGGGGCGCGGGAUGGUCAUGGUCAGAUCUCUUACCAUACUUCCUGAAAGGAGAGCGGGCUAUGGAUAUUGAUAGCAGUCAAUACCACAAUACUGAAGGCGAAUUACCGGUAUCACGCGGAACUGAAGAAUGUGACCUGAGUAACGCGUUUGCGGGAGCAGCACAAGAGCUCGGACUCAAGUCUGUCGACUACACCUCAAAAGAUCAGAUUGGAGUCUCCCAGACUCUUUUUACCAUGAAAGACGGCGAGAGGUGGUCAGCAGCUCGUGCCUUCUUAGAGCCCGCUCUAAACAGAAGAUACAAGGUUCACAUGACAACCAAUUCAGUUGCUUCUAAAAUACUCUUCUCUGGUAACAGAGCUACGCAAGUCGUCUUCAACGAGGACGGAGUGAAUAAAGCCGUGCGAGCAACUAAAGAGAUCAUAGUAACUGGAGGUGCUAUUGAAACACCUAAACUGCUCAUGUUGUCCGGGAUUGGACCCGCUGAUGAACUCAAUAAACACAAGAUUCCAGUAGUAGCUGAUCUACCAGUAGGUAAAGGAUUGAAGGACCCAAUGAAGAUGUGGUUACGAUACAAAUCCGAUAACAAGGUCUCAGUAACUAGAGAUAAACUUACUUCCGCUAAGAGCUUCCUUGAGUACUACUUCUACAAAUCCGGCACGUGGUCAGAAACUCUCCAGUCUCAAACUACAGUGUUUAUCGACACUAAGCAGAGCGGUUCCCAGCCUGAUAUUAAUAUAAACAUGCUGCGUGCUGUUGCCCUUCCCAACCAGGCAGAGAUACUAGGAGUAAAGUACGAGUUAGAGGAUCCGUUUAACGCUGGAUUAUACGACAGUAACACUGAGGGGUUCACUUUCCUCCCCACUCUUCUGCAUCCUGCUAGCACUGGAGAGGUGCGACUGAGAAGUACAGGAAUACACGACCCUCCCCUCAUAGACCCCGGGUAUUUCUCUAGUGAGGAGGAUCUGGACACUCUCUUGGCUGCUGUCAGGUAUGUACAGAAGUUGUCAGGCACGAAGGCCCUGGCUCCAUUUGUCUCGGAGAGAGUGGACUACCCAACCAACCAACACCCUCAUGAUAGUGACGACUACUGGAAACACAUUAUCAGACAGUUCGCUUUUACUGCCGGACAUCCUAGUGGAACUUGUGCCAUCGGCAAGGUAGUAGAUACUGAUCUGAGGGUGCUAGGAGUUGAGGGACUGAGAGUAGUAGACAACAGCGUCUUCCCCACAACUGUGUCUGGUGACUCUACUGGUGUCCUGUAUGGAGUAGCGGAGAAGAUAUCUGACAUCAUUAGAAAAGAGAACAGUUAAUUUAUCACUUGAUUAAUUGGUAUAUAGAUUCAAUUAUUUUGGGAAAUCAUUUGUUGAAAUUGUAUUUAGUUAUGAGACUAAUAGUGGGAUUGAACAUUUAAACUACACGAGACGGGAAUUUGAGGUUGGUUAUUCUUCUAUAUCUUGAAGAUUUAGUUGCACUUUCUAUUCAACUUCAUUCAUCAGUUAAUUAACUUAUAACUUAAAUUAUUUGCAGUAAACCCAUUUGAAUCAUGUUUGCUUUCUACCGCAUUUCAGUUAAUAUUCAGCUGAGCUGGAUCUAGUUAUAUAUAAUCUAAUUAUACAAUCUAAAACUGAUUAUAUUAAAGAACUAAAAUGUCAAUUUAUUGGAAACAUUGUUCAAGUUAGCUUCAGUAAAUAGAGUAUAUAUAUAUUAGAGAAAUUAUAUAUCACACUUCACAGUAAAUUAGAGAUCAAGGAGCUUGUAUUUGUAUUCUUUGUAUUCCUGUAGAACAGACUAGAUAUCAGUUUGAUGAAAUUGUUGAUCAUAUUUUCUGAUUGUUUAUCUUCAAGGGAAGGCUGUGUACAAAGUAUCACGUAUUUACGUUUAUGAUUCAGUUUUCAGAAAGUUAGAGUGAGAUUAAUGCAAUGUGAAGGUUUAACUUAAGGGUGUAUAAUAUAAACUUUGUUACAUAUUUCUUUAGAAAAUGUUUUUUGAAAAUAAUCAUCACCUAAUUUUGAAAUUUAAUCUUUGAAUUUGAAUGGUAAAAUAAUGGUUUUUAAUUUUCAUAGUUUUGCAGCCUUGACAAAAAAGAGUUUUUCAUUUGCACUGCCUAGUAUUUAGAUAGAGUUUUGGGUCACCAACACAUCAACAAAAUUGAAAAGUUUAUUUCAUAAGACAAUGUCAGUGAAUUAAGAUUAAAGUGGGUUUAAUAAUUUUUACGCGACCUUUUCUCUAUGAACGAUUUAAUUACCAUUAUAUUCAGACUUUCUAUUUCAAAUUGUGUAAUUUGGAUUGUACUCAUUUUAGUAAACUUGAUUAAAA